AUGAAAUCUCUCACAAAAAUAGUUGCUAAGAAUCAAAUCUCUGCGAUCAAUGCUGAGGAACCAGUAGUAUGUGACAUAUGUGCUGAAGGACAUUUGACUGUGAAUUUCCUGUUAGCUCAACCUUCAGAAGUCAACUAUAUGGGAAACUCGCAAAGGAACAACUACCAAGGUAAUAAUAACACGGGUUGGAGAAAUAACUCAGGUCUCUCUUACAAUACACAACCACAACAUCCUGUUCCAUCUAGCUCAUAUUCAGCUUUGGAGAAAUUGGUGGAAACCAUGGCUUCAACCACCAAUGCUUUCAUUCAAGAGACAAGAUUGACCUUCAAGACUCAAGAGCCAUCGAUCAAGAAUCAAGAGGCUUUAAUCCAAAAUCUUGAAACUCAAAUUGGACAGUUGGCCAAGCAAUUAAAUGAAAGAACUCCGGGGAUAAUGCCUAGUGAUACUGUGGUUAAUCCAAGAGAGUACUGUAAUGCAAUCACCACUCAGAGUGGGAAGGAUGAGGAAACAAAAGAGGAGGAUACUAAGAAAGAAGAGACUCCUAAUUAUGAUGAUGUAACCUACUUUGGAGGAGCAAUCAAUCGUAAUAAGAAAACUACAAAUAAACCUCCAUCAGGAUUCAGUCAACCAGAUCCUUAUGCAAAAGCCCCAUACCCUCUUCGGCUGAAGCAAGACAAAGAAAAGCAGCAGUACUCGAAGUUUAUGGAGAUGUUCAAGAAGUUGCAAAUCAAUAUUCCUUUCUCUGAAGCCUUGGAGAACAUGCCUCUUUAUGCAAAACUCAUGAAGGGUCUCUUGUCAAACAGGCAUAAGCUCAGAGAGAUGGAAACAAUAGCUUUAACUAAAGAGAGUAGUGAUGUGAUCAAAAAGGGGUUGCCGUCUAAAGUCAAAGACCCAGGGAGAUUUAGUAUCCCUUGUACGAUCGAGAAUGUUAAAGUAGGAAGAGCUCUAUAUGAUCUGGGAGCCAGUGUCAACUUGAUGCCUCUUUCUUUUGCACGAUCUUUGGGGAUAACGGAGAUGAAAUCUACCUUGAUGUCUCUUCAAUUUGCUGAUAGAUCCAUCAAAAGGCCAGAAGGAGUGCUAGAAGAUGUCUUUGUAAAGGUAAAUGAUUAUAUAUUUCCAGCGGAUUUUGUUGUGCUUAAUAUGGAGGAAGAUGACAAUAUGCCUCUCAUCUUGGGGAGACCAUUCUUAGCAACUUCUAGGACAUUGAUUGAUGUGGAAAAAUGA